AUGAAGAGGGUCACCCUGUUUGUUAAUGGCAGCCCCAGAAAUGGGAAGGUUGUGGCUGUUUAUGGAACAUUGUCGGAUUUGCUUUCUGUCGCAAGCAAUAAGCUUGGAAUAAAAGCAACCAGUGUCUACAAUGGAAGAGGUGGACUUAUUGAUGACAUUGCCUUAAUUAGAGAUGAUGACGUUCUUUUUGUAUGUGAAGAUGAACCAUUCAUUGAUCCCCAGAAUGACAUCAGCUCUCUAGAAACAUUAACAGGAUCUCAUUCAGAUUGGAUAACGCUCAAUGUAGGAGGACGGUACUUCACAACUACCCGGAGCACUUUGGUUAGUAAAGAACCUGAUAGCAUGCUGGCUCACAUGUUUAAAGAUAAAGAUGCUUGGGGAAACAAGAGAGAUCACAGUGGAGCUUUUCUGAUUGACCGAAGUCCGGAGUACUUUGAACCGAUCUUAAACUAUUUGCGCCAUGGACAACUAAUUGUGAACGACGGCAUUAAUUUGUUAGGUAUCUUAGAGGAAGCGAGGUUCUUUGGAAUUGACUCACUAAUUGAACAUCUUGAGCUAGCAAUUAAGAAUUCCCAACCUGCAGAGGACCACUCCCCGAUUUCCCGGAAGGAAUUUGUCAGGUUCCUCCUUGCAACCUCAACCAAGUCUGAGCUACGCUGUCAGGGGUUAAAUUUUAGCGGAGCAGACCUCUCUCGUUUAGAUCUCCGGUACAUCAACUUCAAGAUGGCCAACUUGAGCCGAUGCAACCUGGCCCACGCGAACCUCUGCUGCGCAAAUCUUGAACGGGCUGAUCUUUCUGGAUCUGUUCUAGAUUAUGCCAACCUCCAAGGUGUAAAGAUGUUGUGCUCAAAUGCAGAGGGAGCAUCCCUGAAAAGCUGCAAUUUUGAAGAUCCUUCUGGCCUUAAAGCUAAUUUGGAAGGUGCUAACCUGAAAGGUGUUGAUAUGGAAGGAAGUCAGAUGACUGGCAUCAAUCUCCGAGUUGCAACUCUAAAGAACGCAAAAUUGAAAAACUGCAAUUUGAGAGGCGCAACCUUGGCAGGAACCGAUCUGGAGAACUGUGACCUGUCAGGCUGUGAUCUACAAGAGGCCAACCUGAGAGGGUCGAAUGUGAAAGGAGCCAUCUUCGAAGAGAUGCUGACACCAUUGCACAUGUCUCAGAGCGUCAGAUAGGUUGCCCUGCUGGAAACUCUUGGUGCUCAAAUGAGGGAAUGACGUUCCUUCCGCAGUGUGUUUUUCUCAGCGGUAUCUGAGAAGCUGCUGCUGGAUGGAGAGAAGGACCUUCUCUUGUCUUAGGUAUAGGAAUAGCUAUUGAAUCCAGUUGGGACAAGAAGCUUGCUCAUAACUCCCAAAGACAUUGCUCUCUUGGCUCCUACCUUGCUUUAGAACGCUCCUCUAGAAAAAAAAUAUUUAUGAAAGCACAAUAUAUGCAAUUUAUAUUUAUUCAACUUCCAAUGAGGGUUUUUUAAAACAUGACCAGUUCAGCCCCGAUUGGUGAAACUUUUAGUUACAGUGGCUUAUGAAAUGUAGGAGUGGGAGGAAUUGGAAGGUCAAAAGGGAUCCAGAUUUGACUCUUCUAGCUGUAUUUCUUAAAAAGAAUCAUCCUGGAUACAUUUGGAGUUUUAUUUUAAGCCUGUUUUGCACUACUAAUUUAAAAUAGCUGGGCUGCGAAUACUGUACGCCUGGGUUCCUUGAUUUAGGACAGUGUCGUAAGUAUUAAUUGCAAAAGGGGAACACUCGAUGUUCCAUUUUUAAGGUCUGCUGCUCAUCCCUAAUAAUCAAGAAUUGAAGGUGCAAAUGUAAUACAGAGGCUCGUGUGAGCCCUGAAUUGCUAAGUUGUACUGUUUUUUUAUUGUCACUAGACCUACAAGCCUUGUGGACUAGAAACAUUAGAAGUGAGCCAAUUGCUCUUAUAUCAGCAUUGGGGAAGUACAUCCUGAACAUUUUAAUAGGCUGGUAUUAUUACAGGCUUCCGUGACAGUGAAUAAUGCCCCAAUUUUCUUGGUCAAAAGUUGAGCGAUAUACCCUGGGGGUCCUGGAUAAAAUAGGGAGCAAUCAGGGACGCAGUGGCUCAGGGGCUAGGAUGUUGAGUUUGUCGAUCAAAAGGUCAGCAGCUCAGCGGUUCAAAUCCCUAGUGCUGCUGUGUAACGGGGUGAGCUCCCAUUACUUGUCCCAGCUUCUGCCAACCUAGCAGUUUCGAAAGCAUGUAAAAAUGCAAGUAGAAAAAAUAGGGACCACCUUUGGUGGGAAGGUAACAGUGUUCUGUGCGCCUUUGGCGUUGAGUCAUGCCGGCCACAUGACCACGGAGACAUCUUCAGACAGCGCUGGCUCUUCGGCUUUCGAACGGAGAGGAGCACCGCCCCCUAGAGUCAGGAACGACUAGCACGUAUGUGCGAGGGGAACCUUUACCUUUACCUUAAUCAGAAAUAGUUCAGGUUACUUUACAUAGUGAUGUAAAUCUAGUUUGGUUAAUAUAACCUCCAUACGAUUACAACCAAGCUCAGAGAGCACCAAGAACCGCACAGUUAGUAUUCUCUUCUGUCAGUACUAGGAAAUAAAGGGCUAGGAACAUACACAGCCAAAAGAUGCCCAGAAAAUCUUGAAAUGUUAUGAAAAAAGGAAAGCCCCUAUAAUUCACAUACUGUAUUGUUGCACACCACCCUUGCAUUUUUUUUUAAAUGGAAAAAUAAUUCUACAAAGUCUCCAAAAAGUGGUCGAGACAUUCGGCUCUGUCCUUCCAGUUAUGCCAGUACGAAACAAGGAACACCUCAGCAGCCCUUCAUGCCAAGAAACAAAACAGGGUUAACUUUAUUUAACCCAGGGGUCUCCAACCUUGGCAACUUUCAGACUUGUGGACUUCAACUCCCAG